AUGUCCCACCCUCCAGAACCUUCGACGGCCUCCCCAUCUACUCAGGCCCCAAAACGUCGCAUCCGAGCACCGCCUCCAAAAAACUGCUCCUGCGUAUGGUGUGGUGCGGUAUUUACCAAGAGUGGGUUGGGGAGGCACUAUGACCAGUGGGUGUAUGCAGUCAGCCCAGCCCGGCCAGAUGACAAGCAUACAGAGGAAGCGAUCUCCCAGAUGAGAAGUUUACGGCACGACGUUCGACGGCUGCGAGGAAUGAAGCAUAUGGACCCCAAGGAGAAGAAGAGUCUGCAGAACCGGAGGAACUAUGAAAGACAUCAAGAGCAGCAAGUAGAGAAGAAGAGGGUGAAGAGGAUUGCAGACAUGGCUAGAAGCAUGGUAUUCAAGGAGCUUGCUAAAGAAGUGGAGGAGAUAAAAGCUUCGGCUUCUUUGCCCUCAUUGCCCGACUUUACCUCCGGAUCAGGACUGACCCCCACGAGUCCCCACCAAAUUCUCAAUUUCGCAACGCUAGCGUAUCACUUUCUCCCCGCACCACCAACACUAUUUACCCCCGUCCCUCUUUACCACACCGGAACCUGGAAUGUAGUGCAUCCUGAUAUCCAUGAAUACACGGCAUUAUAUACACUUUUCCGCAACUCUCCACUAAGUGCGUGGUCACCUCGCUUGAAUGAAGAGUGGACGAGAUGGCAGCCUCUCGACGAUAACGAGAAGAAACGCCUCGCAUUGCAAGAGCUUGGGCGUGAAUUCGCACGCAAAGGACAUGAGAUUGAGAGAUUAACUGCAUAUGCCGAAUUAUGGGAGACGGGGAAAAGCUUAGAGGAGAGGGCAAAGAAGUGGGAAGAGAGAGCGGCCAUGUCAAGGGAGCUCUACGGAAGAGCUGAGGAGGUACAACUAACCACUGAGCUAGACCGCAUGUGGAGCUCAAGGGAUGGAGCUGUGGCUGGUGGAAGUAGUAGUGCUACUCCCGGCGCGGGAAAUGGCCAAGGAGACGUGAAUAUACCCAUGGAUGAAGCAUCAUCCGGCGAUGGUGAUGAAGUCGAUGAAGGCGAUGAAGUAGGAGAAGCAGAUGAUGAUAUCAGUUAUACCUGA